AUGUUCCCCGGACUUGAGAGCCGGGCAGUACAAUUGAACAAUUUCAAGCUAUCUCCUCCUGCGUUACUACCUCGGAUACUUUAUCCCACUCAACUACAAUUAUAUUCAAUGACCCAGGGUCAAUCCUCUUUCACCAUGACUAUCCAACUAGAGCGCUCAUCACAGGGCUGGAAGUGUGAACAAUGCGGACUCCCCGGAGUGCGUUUAUCCUCAAGCUCAGGCUCAGCAUACUACAAAUGCGUCCCAUGCAAUCGCUCCUUGGGCUCUUGCCCCUGCACCACACCAGGAGCCAGAACAACCUCGACAUGUCCGUGCGGUGACAGCGAUGCCGAAUCCUCAGGCUCAGAGGACCAUGUCCCUCGCGGUCUCUCCAUGCUUAAGAAGCAAACAUCCAACCCAUACAACCCGGGUUCAGAGUUUGAGGAGGAUUGGGAGUCAAAUUGCAGUCCAGGCUUCAUGGUCUCGAGGUUCAAGGCUCAAGGGAGGGAAUUGCUUCUCUGGCAUUGA